CCGACUUGCAUCUCCCGGUGCUUGUUUCCCAGGCACUUUUGCUAGUCCAGGGUCCUGGUCCUGGUCCUCUGUCAGUUGAACUGUUGGGCCCCCUGUCCAGCCCGUGCAGAAAUUUUCUCUCUUCUCAAAAGUCUCAUCUCAAUCGCAGUCCGAGUCCCACUGUCACCCGCGGUCGGACCCUCGACAGCUUCGAUACCAAUCGUUUAGCGAGCUGUUCCCCCGACCGACUCCUCUCGAAGGCCUUUGUCCUCCAGUCAGCACGACGCUUUCUGCUCCUACAAGGUCUAGAGCCGAAAAGUCUGACUGAUGCAUUGCUAGCACCUCGCAUUAAAGUUAUCUGAUUGCUCGCUUCUGCACACCGUCCGCCAACCGCGACCCUCGUCGCCAUCCGUUGCACCCGAUAAUCUUAUCAUGUUGGGAUUAUCAGAUGAUCAAUCCCUUUACACUAUCAAAAUCCUUCAGCUAGGUGAGAGGCUUAUUCGCCUGUUCCCCAUGCCCGAAGCACGGCCUGGUCCUGGCUGUCCAGUCCUGUCCAGUCCCCGUCCCCCUCCAGUACCUGAGGACCAGACACACACCGCUGGCAGAAGCUAAGCAUGGCGCCGUCCCAUUGUCAAGCCUCCCGACGUCGGCCUCAUGCCACCCAUGGCUGCGGUGGGAACCCGAGUUUGGCCCUGCCGAACUCAAGCUCCCCGAUCAAGCAAAACAAGACAUCCCACUAACUAGUAAACUGAAGCUUGACCCUGUACCAAAGUUGUUAUAUUCGCAGCCAUAGUCCCUGACCUUUUGCAUGUUCCGACUCGGACAUCUGAUAACUCUGCCCUACCCUACCCUAGGAAUUUCUUCCACUUUGUUCGCAAGCACUCUAGCUUGCGUGUCUCUCAUUCAUUAUGACCAACGUCUUUGGCGUGCAGGUCUUCUUCAUUGUUUUCCGAGAAUGUCUUGAAGCCGUGAUUAUCGUUUCGGUGCUCCUUGCAUUCCUGAAACAGGCCUUGGGCCAACCGCACCAAGACCAAGCAAUAUACAAACGGCUGGUCAAACAAGUAUGGGCGGGUUCACUGGGAGGGAUUCUCAUAGCCCUGAUUAUCGGAGGCGCCUUCAUCGGUGUCUUCUACGGCCUUGGCCAUGACCUGUGGGCCGAGUCGGAGGAUCUCUGGGAAGGCAUCUUCUACCUGAUUGCCAGCAUCAUCAUCACGGUCAUGGGGCUUGCCAUUCUGCGCAUCAACAAGACCAAGGAGAAAUGGCGAGUCAAGAUCGCCCAGGCUCUGGUCGCCAAAAGCAAGGCCAAAGGCUCGACCAAAUGGCUCGGUGAAUGGGGUCGCAGAUACGCCUUGUUCAUCUUACCCUUCAUCACCACUCUCCGAGAGGGUCUGGAGGCCGUCGUCUUCGUCGGCGGUGUCUCGCUGGGCUUGCCGGCGACGGCCUUCCCCAUCCCCGUCAUCACCGGUAUCCUGGCCGGUCUUCUCGUCGGCUGGCUCCUGUACCGCGGCGGCAGUGUCAUGAUGAUCCAAUACUUCCUGAUCGCCUCGACUUGCAUCUUGUAUCUGCUCGCCGCCGGCAUGUUCUCCAAAGCCAUUUGGAGCUUGCAGUUCUACAAGUUCCAGCAGAAGGUGGGCGGUGAUGUGGCCGAGUCCGGCGACGGGCCCGGAUCCUACAACAUCCGCGAAACCGUCUGGCACGUCAACUGCUGCAACCCGGAGCGCGACAACGGAUGGGAUGUGUUCAAUGCCCUGUUGGGCUGGCAGAACACCGCCACCUAUGGCUCCGUCAUCUCAUACAACGUUUACUGGAUCUUCAUCAUGGUCACCAUCGUCUGCAUGCUUUACGAGGAACGCACCGGCAAGCUGCCUCUGCGCAAUUCCUUCCUGUCCUUCCUCGGCAAGAUCCCCGGUUUCAGACGUUACGCUGCGCGCAAGCUGGCCGUCCACAACCAGAAUGCCGAACAGGUCAUCAACCAAGUCGACGCCGAGAUGCUCGCCCAAGGCAUCAGUCACAAGCCCGUGCUCGAGAAAUGAUUCAACCUUAGUAUCCCAUACACAUACAGUACCUCGUGCUGGGUGCUCUUGGUUGAUAAAGGGGAUCCAUGGUGGCUGAAAAUGCCUCUCAGAGCAUAUUUCUGUCCUUCGGAUCGGAUCUUGUGCAUGAAGGGGCCUCUUCUACCUGAAAAAUUGUCCGCAUAACAGGAAAACACUCACAUCCGGGAGUGGAACAGAAGCGAGCUUUCCUCCCACCUCUUGGGCAGUUUAGCUGCCAGUCCAAGUUCUGCCGGGUUUCUCGUGCGGGACAAACCAAUAUAUGAUAUGUAUAUCAGCUCUUAAGAAUGAAUUCGACCCGCCGUAGCUAUUCGAGGUAGAUGGGGGACGUGAUUUGCCGAUCCAGAGCAUUCACCGUACACCAUGUUCUACCAGCAGUCCCCAACCGUGUCCUUGUCCACGUGGGAGCUAAAUAAAGGGGGAGCUCUACCCCAACACCUAUCCCUCGUGACUGUGACUUCUUUUUAUGCAGACCGGCCCCGUGGCGACGGAAACGAGAACGCGUACAACAAAAUAUUCAAUGAUCCGGA